AUGAGCGCAGAGCCAGGUAACCGUUUUUGUCUUUCUCCACACGAAAGUAACAGAUCUUCUCCCGGAACGGAUACAGACCGACGCAGUGCACAGCCCUCAUCCUCCUUAGCCUAUACCUCACGGACUCACCAGUCAAACGGGGCUCCGUCACCUCCGCCGACCCCGGCUUGUAGUGGCCACCAACUUGGAGUGAAAACCGACACCGCUGGCCUCUUCCUCGGCUCUACACAUACGAACGGCGACUCAGACGCCUCCUUUACCGAGUCACCCGCGUCCGACUUUCCCCCCACUCCCCGUAGGAGCCCUAAGCAACAACCUCAAGAUUACUCUCGGUCCAAACAAGAGUCUCACCAGAUUCCAACGGAGGGAAUCCAUGACCACCAACCUGGGGGUCCUCGCGCUCGAGCCAACACCAAAGUGCGCAGCUAUGUGGCCGACCAAGACCGUCAAGCGUUUCCAAGAAUCUCGAAGCCUGUCGAACUUAUACAGGUUGCCUACGAUGUCGUGGUUAUCGGAUCCGGCUAUGGUGGUGGCGUUGCGGCGUCACGCAUGGCUCGCACAGGCUCAUCAGUGUGUGUUCUUGAGCGUGGCCGUGAGAAGUGGCCUGGCGAGUACCCUACUGGUGCCGCGGAUGCCUUCAAGGAACUCCAUACCUCCGGUACUUUCGCACCGGGAUCUUUGGAUGGCAUACCCGUUGAGACAGGUGAUCCCACCGGCAUGUAUCACUUGAUCUUCGGAAAGGGACAAAAUGCCGUUGUGGCUAAUGGCCUCGGUGGAACAAGUCUUAUGAACGCUAAUGUCUUCAUGGAGGCCGAUAAAGGUACCUUGGCCAUGAAGGCCUGGCCUCCCGAGAUCCGAAACAAAGUAGACUCUUUGGACAAGUACUAUGAGAAGGUAGAGAAAGUGCUCGAACCGGCAGAGUACCCCGAUGACUGGCCUGAGCUUCCCAAGGCCAAACUCCUCAAGAAGCAAGCCCAGUAUAUGGGCUAUGGUGACAAGUGGAGGAAGGUCAAGCAGACCACACGCUUCCAAAACGGCCCAAAUAGCUGUGGUGUUGAGAUGUCAGCAUCAGCUUUGACCGGCCAGGAUGCUACUGGCGUCAACGAUGGCUCAAAAACGACCACGCUGGUUACAUAUCUGGCUGAUGCCUGGAACUGGGGUGCUGAACUGUUCUGCGAGUGCGAGGUGCGAUACGUCGAAAAGGCCAAGGACGAAAAUGGUAACGAUGACGGCUACCUUGUCUACUUUGCCUGGCAUGGCCGCAACCGUGGCCACUUCAAGGCCAACCUUCACGGCGAUUUGAUGUGGGUUCGGGCGCGAAAAGCAGUCUUCCUGGGCGCUGGCGCCCUUGCAACCCCUGAGAUUCUGCUCAGAAGCAAAGCGAUGGGACUUGAGAUGAGCAACUUGGUCGGCCAGAACAUGAGCGGUAAUGGAGACAUACUGGCGUUUGGCUACAACACCGACGAAACGGUGAACGGCAUCGGUCGGGCAUACCCUUCGCCAUAUAACCCCAUUGGGCCUUGCAUUACCAGUGUCAUUGACUGCAGGCAUAACCUAGAGAACCCUCUGGACGGAUUCGUCAUUGAAGAGGGCUCGGUUCCUCACGCCCUCGCCCAUUUCCUGCAAGCAAUGCUAGACUUGAUGCCGGGAAGUGAAGAGCCCAAGAACCUGACUGUCCUUGACAAAGCACACUCUGCUCUGGCUCGUUACGGUAGCCGGUUCUUAGGCCCUUACUUCAAAAAGGGUGCCAUUGAGAGGACACAGGUUUAUCUCAUCAUGUCUCAUGACAGUAACCAGGCCAUGUUGACUUUGCAGGAUGAUAAGCCAGUUCUCGAGUUCCUUGGCGUUGGUCGAAGUGAUCACGUCAAGAAGCUCAAUAACCUUUUGGCCCAAGCGACGCAGGCUGUUGGCGGUACCUAUGUCAAGAGCCCCUUCGACGCUAUGAUGGGUAACCAGCAAAUAACAGUCCAUCCGAUCGGCGGAGCUUGUAUGGCCCGAGACAAUACGGGUCGGACCGGUGUCACCAAUCAUGUGGGUGAGGUGUUCACGGGACUCGGAAGUGAGACCCACGAUGGCCUCAUCGUCACAGAUGCCGCGGUGAUUCCCACCGCUCUGGGUACCAAUCCUUUUGCCACCAUUGCUGCCCUAGCGGAGCGGUCUGUUGAAGCCUACUGUCAACGCCAGGGUUUGCACAUCAGCGAGGAGGAGAACGGCAUCCUUGAUCUGUUUGGUGAGCCACAACAUAAGCCCAAGCAGCAUUUGCCAGUGAGGACUGUCUCAAAGAUUGAAGCCAUGGAAGAAGGGCACAGUCUCGGCUACGCAACCCGAGCUAUUCAAAUGGCCAAGGAACUUUGCUCGAGCGGCAUGGGUUUCACUGAGGUCAUGUCUGGCUUCAUCCACCAUGACCCCACCAUGAAAACGGAUGAACGGUCUACAUACGAGCUUGCCUACCGGACCGCCAAAUCGCGCUGCGAAAGCGCUCGCUUCUUCCUCAGUGUGCAGGCUUUCGACACCUUUAGGACCCUUUCGCAUGCUCAGCAUCGUGCCAUGCUUACGGGAACCUUUGUGUGCCCCGCAAUUCCCGGCUCACCGUUCAUGGUUCGGAGAGGCGAAUUCAAUUUGUUCAUCAUUGAUGACAAGGCGCCUGGUACCCGGAACUUGACGUAUGAUUUUGAUAUGACCGGCGUCGAUGGCAGGAGGCUGCAUUUCCAUGGUUACAAGGUUGUCGAUUCGUCUGUUGCGCUAGACCCUCUGCAGUUUUGGCGCUCGACUAGCACACUCUAUGUGACCGUCAGCGAGCAUGUGGAUGGAAUGUGCAGCAAUCUUGACGAUGAAAAUGCUUGGAGGAGGGGCAAGGUGCUCGCCAAGGGCAUCAUGAACAUCCAGCCAAAGCACUUUCUCUCCGAGAUCAUGACUAUGACUCCAACAGGCAGCAACCUCUUGAAGAAGGUAGCCAGUGCGGCCAGUUUCCUCACUUUCUUCACCCGCAAGUCUCUCUCCCUCUUCAUGGCGCCGUUGACUCCGCUCGAGUACCCAAGCAUGAUGCCCACAGGCUACGUCAACAACACAGCACCAACAAAAUCCUUUGCCAUCUAUGCCGACGAUGGAGUCUGCACUCGUUUGCAUAUGUGGGAGCCAACUCAUUAUCCUGAUAACGACAAAAAGAACAUCAAAAACCUCUUCAUGGUUCCGGGCGCGGCAGUUGACCACCAUAUUUUUGCCCUUCCUACCAUCCGGUAUAACGCCGUCAACUACUUCAGACGUGCCGGUUAUCGCGUGUUCAUCACAGUUCACCGUAUCGGACAGCUCAUGGUUGCAGAGCACAACUGGACGACCUAUGAUGCCCGUCUUGACAUCAAGGCAUGCAUGCAGUAUAUCCGAGAGCACUACGGGAAGGAAAAGAUCUACACCAUCGCCCACUGCAUGGGCAGCGUCGCCCUCUCCACCGGUAUGCUCGACGGCACGAUCCCAACCGACUGGUUCCUGGGUGUCUCCUGCUCCCAAGUCUUCAUGAACCCCAUCUGGCAAACCAUGAACCUGAUCAAGGCCACCACCGGCCCCUAUGACAAGAUCUAUAAGGCCCUCGCCGGUAACUGGUUCAGCUGUAGCACCAGUCGCAACGACAGUUACGUCCAGCAAGCUCUCAACCAGCUGCUGCGUCUCUACCCUCAACCGCGCAAGGAAAUUUGUAAUAACGCGGCCUGUCAUCGCACCAGCCUGGUGUUCGGCCGGUGCUGGAACCACAGCAACCUGAACGAGGCCACGCACCGGCAGAUCGACCGCUUCUUCGGCGGCGUCAACAUGAAGCUGCUCCACCUGCUGAUGAAGCAGGGCGCCGAGGGCCACGUCAUGGCCAACGAGCCCCUGUGCCAGCGCCUCGACACGCCCGAAAACAUCCAACGGCUCAAGGGCAUCCCGUUCCUGCUGUUCGUCGGCCGCGACCAAGCCGUGCUAUCACCAGAGUCGACCGAGCGCACAUACGAGAUCUUGUGUGAUACUUUUGGCAUGGACGACACGAGCUACAAGAGGCGCGUUGUGCCUGGGUAUGGACACCUGGAUGUGUGGAUGGGGCGGAAUGCUUGGAAGGAUGUCUAUCCGUUUGUGAGGGAGGAGGUGGAUAGGGUGUGCAGAGGGGAGACGUACAAGUUUGUGGAGCCACAGGAUGAGUUCAAAGCGAUGGUAGAUUCUGGGGAGUUGCUCCAUUGAGAGCCAUGAUAAGGAGACAAGGGUGACGACCACGGACCUUGAUGAUAACUUUGGAACCAUGGGG